AACAUCCCCGCAUCGUGUCAUUAGAACUCAAGAGAAGUGAGUCAAGAGGCAGCAGCACGACCCGCACGCCCGGCUCAUGACGCGAGACUCACUCGAGAGCGCGUGGUGUCACCGUGGGAAACAGGAGACUGACUGGCGGACAGGGGAGGGGCGCGCGCCGGUGUGUGAGUGGACGCUCGCUCUUGCACAUCGCCGUUCACUCAGAGAAUCAUUCAUUCAGCGCUAGAGGAGCGUCAUCAGGCAGCGGAUGGUGCUCGUGCUGAUAGUGAAGAUGAUGAUGAUGAUGAUGGAGGGACAGUGCAGCCGCUGCAAGAUCGUGGUGGUCGGUGACACUCAGUGUGGAAAAACGGCGCUGCUGCAUGUGUUCGCCAAGGACAGCUACCCAGAGAAUUACGUGCCCACAGUGUUUGAGAACUACACGGCGAGCUUUGAGAUCGACAAGCACCGCAUCGAGCUGAACAUGUGGGACACAUCAGGGUCCUCGUAUUAUGAUAAUGUACGGCCCCUGGCGUAUCCAGACUGUGAUGCUGUGCUCAUCUGUUUUGAUAUCAGCAGACCGGAGACGUUGGACAGCAUCCCUAAGAAGUGGCAGGUGGAGGCUCAAGAGUAUUGUCCUAAUGCAAAGUUGGUGGUGGUUGGGUGUAAGAUGGAUAUGAGAACAGAUGUCAGCACCUUACUGGAACUGUCCAAACAGAGACUAAUACCUGUCACUCAUGAACAGGGGAGCUCACGAGCACGCGAGCUGGGUGCAGUUGCGUAUGUGGAAUGUUCGUCCCGAAUGUGCGUGAACAGUGUCCGAGACGUCUUUCACAUCACCACGCUGGUGUCCGUCAGACGUGAGGCCAUCCCGAGCCUCAAGAGAAGCUCAUCGCGCCACGCUCUCAAGCGCAUAUCUAAUCAGCCUCUACUGCCAGUCAGCUCACAAGCCACGCCCCUUGAACCCACCCCGGCCCUCAGGGAGGACAGAGCCAAGAGCUGCACAAUCAUGUAGACUAAUGCACACACAGACACAGUGGUGUGUGUGUGUGUGUGUGUGGUCAUAUUGUCCCAUAUAUAUGGCCAAUAUGGGAUUGUACAGCUGUGUGAAUACAUUAUACAGAGUUCUAUUUAUUAACUUCAAGUUUUCUUUUAUUUUUUAUCAUUGUGGUAUUGCUUUGCAGACGUAAGUGUCACAAACUGUGUAAAGCAGAUGCAAAAGAAUAAUAAAAAAAAAAGGUUUGGAA